AUGGCUGCUGCAGGAGAAAAGGCCGACUCUCCGCUGCCGCCCAUUCUGCAGUUGGGUCUAGAGACUACACAAUACGAACUCCCUUCUCGCCAGCAGAAUCUGCCGCUGAAUAUCGACACCCCAGUGCAGAACGGGGACCACAGCAACUCGCUCAACUCGGGCCAUGAGAACAACAGCUCCAGCGACAAGAUGCUCAAAGCAGAAAAAGUCCUGGGCUUGUCCAGUCCAAACGUUAAACGCAGUUCCAGCGUACCCAUGUUGGUGAGGAGCAGCAAGGAGACUACCGUCGUGGACCCUCAAAAACACCAGCGAGAUGAACUCAUCAUGGACACAAACAAGUCCAGCAUUGUCUCGAAACGAUCCGUGGAGAAACUUUACUACGAUGGCGAGCCUGAGUAUUUCCGCUAUUUUGUGAGCAAAUUCAAACGCCGGUCACCCCUGAUCAAUCGAGGCUACUGGUUGCGGAUGAAAGCGAUCGAGCACGCCGUCUCCAGAUUUCUAUCAGAGCGAACUGCCAAAAAGAAAGUCGUUAUCAACCUGGGCUGUGGGUAUGACCCAUUGCCGUUCCUCUUUCUUGGCAAACGACCUUUGCUAUGCCAAGGGACUACGUUUGUCGAUGUGGAUUAUCCGGUAUUGAUGCAAAACAAAGUCGGCAUCAUCGACAAGACUGAGCAACUAAGACAUUUGUUGCCCAAAUUAACCAGGACAGCCAACGACAGUGGACUUUUAGCUUCAAGUGACCCAUACGUUGCCAUAGGAUGCGAUCUUUCAAGCCUUAUACCACUUCAGGAGAUUCUCCAGGAUCAUCUACAACUGGGAAGUGGAGGAGUGGCUAUCCUUUUCGUUUCCGAGGUCUCGACCGCCUACAUGGAACGAGAUGCCUCUCAAGCCGUAUACGAAUGGGCAGCGACUUACGAUGAUGUUCGGUUCUGUUUGCUAGAACAACACCUACCUGACGGCGCCGACCACCCAUUCGCAGCAACAAUGCUCUCGCACUUUGAAAAGCUACGUACACCUCUCCGCGCGAUAGGCACCCUUGAGCAGAUGAAGGCACGAUUCGCCGCAGCAGGCUUCCCUGAAGCAGGCACUGAAAUCCGCACCCUCUGGGACUUGUGGUCAGAUCCAGGUUUCCUCAGCGCAGAGGAAAGACGAGCUCUGGACCGCGUUGAGCCUUUCGACGAAUGGGAAGAGUUCGCUCUCUUCGGCUCCCACUACUUCCUCCUCAUGGCCGAGAAGGAGCCCGGCAAAGACUACAACUUCAAAUCCUUCCGUGCAACGCGGGCAUCCCUCUUCUCCGGUUCCACGCGUGGCACUUCCAUUGCGUCAAGUCCCACCAACGGCGGCGGCAACAGCAGUCCCGACACGCCGCAGUACCACUUCGGGCCGGGAGACAUCCUGCAGACGCACGAGCUGCUCGAGCCCCAUAAUUACCGACGCUUCGCACAUAUUGUACCGCCUCCGGAGACAGACGCCUAUGGGGAUUCGGUGGGACUGUAUGGCGGAGUGGGCACGCAGGAACGGUUGGACAGCUGCAACACCUUCUCGAGGUACGACGCCAUACAGCCGAUCCAGGGGCCGCCCUUGCGCACGGGACUGGUGUGUCAUGCGGUGACACGGCUGGGGAGUACAGCGAAUUGUGUGCUCACAGGAGGGAGAACGUCACCUGACAAGGCCAGUGCAGAGUCGUGGUUGAGAUUGGAUGGAAAGUGGAGGAGGGUGCAAGACUUGCCUUCUGGACGGUAUCGACAUUGUGCGGUGCCGCUAGUCCUACCUACCGAACCUCGACCUGCGCAUACAGUGCUCGUCUUCGGUGGCAGAACUAGCGAUGGUCGAGUAUUGGACGAAUGGCUGAUCUGGACCGGGGAGACUGGAUGGCAGCAAGUUAAGGUCGUGGGAGAGACACCACCAGCACGUUUCGGUGCGACCAUGUCCACGGAUGGGCGUGAAAGUACAUCAGGAGUUCUGGUAGGUGGCAUGACCAGUGCCGGCCGAGUGCUGAACGACUUCUGGCACUGGAGUCUGGAGCACGACAUGACAUUGACGUGCCGCAACGUGACCACUCGAGCGACUGCCUUCCUCAAGGCUGACGCGUGCAUUCUCGGGCGCUUCGGAGCGCAGCUGGUGAGAUCGAAUAGGGGCAUCCUGAUGGUCGGCGGUAUCACAGGCGCACGGAUGCUCACACGACAGGACGAAGUGCUGAAUCUGAAGACAUUGCGACCUCAACCGAUCCAGGGACCACGGCCACUGUUCAUCGGCCAUACGCUACAGGAUGUCGAUGGCGGACUGCUCGUGCUAGGCGGUGGUGCGACAUGCUUCUCCUUUGGUACGACCUGGAAUAGAAGCUGCAUCCUGAACGACAUGGAGCCCGACAAGUUCGACAUGGAGUGGCGAUUGCAAUGCACUUUGGAAGCUGGGAAACCCACCGCCGAGCAAAGCACAAUCUUCGUGGAAUCACCCAGCAGCAAUGGCACACCUGCACUGAAAAUGCCCGACCCCGUCAAGAUUCAAGACAUCCGAAUCUCCCACGGCGUCAACUUCCCGCAAUACGUCGAAGCAGCACGACCCGUCAUCCUGCGAAAAUGCAAGAUCGGACCCUGCACCACCUCCUGGACGAACAACUACCUCAAGGAAGCCGUCGGCCACGACCGCAAAGUCGCCGUGCACUCCUCGCCUUCAUCCGAGAAGAUGGACUUCCAGAAGAAGAACUUCCAAUACAUCACGCAGGACUUUGGCGAUUUCCUCGACGCGGUCGACCGUGGCGAGCGAGUCUACCUCCGCGCCUUAUCAAAAGACGCCCCGAACAACAAACCCACCAGCCUCGCCGAAGACUUCCCGGGCAUAGCGCCAGACUUCGAACUCCCACAAGAACUCGAAUACGUGACGCAAAACGCACACUCCUCCCCCCUGCGCAUCUCCGGCCAAGUCCAGAUGUGGCUACACUACGACGUGAUGGCCAACGUCCUCUGUCAAGUACGCGGCCGGAAGAAAAUACUCCUCUUCCCCCCCUCCGACGUCUCCCACCUAGGCUUCGAACCGGGCGCCUCCAGCUCCUCCAUCGACGUCUUCGCCCCGGAAGCCAGCACGACCCACCCCUCCCUCGCCAACACGCACCCGCACGAAGCGCUCCUCGACCCCGGCGACAUCCUCUUCAUCCCGCCCAUGUGGGUGCACACCGUCGCGUCGUCCUCCUCCCCCACCACGAGCGUCGCCGUCAACGUCUUCUUCCGCAAUUUGGCGAAUGGCUACGCGGCGGGCAGAGAUGUGUACGGCAACCGCGACCUGGCGGCUUAUGAGCGGGGGCGGAAGGACGUGGCGAGGAUCAUCAAGUCUUUCGAGGAGUUGCCGGCGGAGGUGGGGGGUUUUUAUUUGGAGAGGUUGGGUAGGGAGAUGUUGGAGCGGGCGAGGGUGUGGAGUGGGAAGGGGGAUUUGCAUAGUGUUUAUGCGGAGUUGUCGUGA